GAUGUUAACAGUAAAGAAAUUGCAAGUCCACAAGAAUCUAACUUCAAAUCGCGAAUGAAAGGAACAUUUAACAUUGGCAAGCAAGAGGUUUUAUUAAAAGAUAUGAAUAAGAAACUUCAAAGAAUGCUGGAAGAAACUUUAACAAAAAAUAUUCAAAUGCAAAAGGUAUGAACAGUGUGUAAUUUAAUCAGUCCAAGUUUUUUUGGAUUUUGAAAAUUGUUUGGGUCUUUCAAGGUACAACCACCCCAGCCCUCCUUGCUUAAAGAAUAUGUUGACUGAUGGAUAAAAUCACGUCAGACGAUAGGUUGGACAUAACAUACAGGAUUGAUGUCACUUCAGCUUGGCUAAUUUCUUGAUGGUCGUGCAACAGUAGACACUUGUCACUGCGCAUUGCGCUGUAGAUCAGUCGGAACACAACCCAAAUUACCAAGCUGGACUUCUAUACUUGUGACCAGCUUUUUGCCUCUGCGGCUUUAUCUACCAUUUGAUCAUUUUCAUUAUGAUAUUCACUUGUGAUUUUUGAGUUUACAUGUUCUUGAAACUAGAUUUGAUAAUAUUUUACACUGGAGAAGUAUAAAGAAUGCUCCACCAUAUCACAUGUUCAAAUUAAUCUGUUGGUUUCAACUAUAUAUAUUUAGGGACUGGUCAUAAUUUAUCAAGGGGUGGGGAGGUGUAAUUCAAAAUUUUAAGGAAUGAUAUUUUGUGACCCUGCUUUGCCAUAACCCGGAAAAAUAAUGCCCCCCCCCCCUCUCUCUCUCUUGCUCCUGUCAGUAAAAAUGUAACUACCUACUACUAAACUCUGCAUUCAAUAAAUUUUUUAAUUGCACUUUAAAUUUUCUAAUUUUCUAGUUGCACUUUAAAUCAAAUACUAAAAUUUAUAAACCAAGACAUAGUCAUACAAUUUUUUUCAAUGCAACUCAAACAAAAUGUGAGAAGGCAUGUAUAAAACAAUUAAUUGAACUAAAACAGCAGACCCCCUCCCCGCCUUCAUAAACUGUCUAAAAUUUUAUGAACCCCCUUUUUCCUGUCUAAAAAAUAUGUGCCCCCCACCACCACUGUUACCACCUCCCUACCCCUCCUGCUAAAUUAUGACCAGUCUCUUAUAUUUAAAAAGUUCAAAUUAAUAACAUGGUAAUGGCAAUACAGGAUGUAUAAAAAAAAAGGUAAUCGAACUUCAGCCCUCUAUUAUACGUGAAUUACUCGGCGUAUGAACAAUUGUUUUUUAUGUAUAUUCGGAAAGAUCAGGCUUUUAGCUAUUGAAUAACAUGUUUUUCUUGCCAAGUGGAGAAAAAAUAAGCAUGUACAGUACGAGGCCGAUUAAAAAUGUUAGUCAAAAUCGCAGAUUUUCACCUCUGUGCCUAAUUAAAACAAUGCAUAACAAAAGAAAAAGCAAGUAAUCACGAACGUGUCUAAGAUUUAUUCCUACUUAAUAAUAAUUAAGAAUAAGUAUGCAGUUUAAUGAAGUGAAAUUCAUCAAUUUAAGUCCUAAAGGGAGUUCAUUUUCAAUGGUUUUAGACCCAACUCUCAACGAUGAAAAUAUGCGAUUCUGACUAACAUUUUUUAUCGGAUUCGUAUUUGCUCAUUUUUUAUCCAUUUGGCAUGAAGAAGAUAUCAUUCAACACCUAAAAGCAUGGUCUUUCCGACUGUGAAAAAAUCACGUUCAUCACCCUGUAUAUUGACUGGUGGAUAAAAUUAUAUAAGGCAGUAGGUUGGCCAUAACGUACGGGAUCGAUGUCACUUCAGCUUGGCUUUUCUUGAUGGUCGUGCAAAAAUAGACACUUGUCACAGACUGCGCAUUGCCCUGUAGAUCAGUCGAAACUAAUUGUUUUGAUGAAAGGAAAUAUUUUCGACAAUUUUCAGAAUGUUUGGACUAACUUUGAGGCAGUUUUUUAAUGUUUUUGAAUUUUGGAAAAAUUUCCUGUGGUCCCCCCUUUGCUAAGCCUGGGGUUGCUGUUGUCCCCCUCCUUUGCAUUUGAUCAAACUUUUCCUGUUUCACUUGUAACCGAAAAACCUACCUUUUGUUUCAUUUUAGGAUAUGGACAUAUUAACAAAAGAGCAAGAGUCAAGCAGGCAAGGACAGUCAUCAAAUGAAUCAGAUAAGACGUAAUGUAAGUUGUGAAGUUAAAUAUACUCGGAGUCUGUUUAUAUGGGACGUGAGGACCAGCUAGCCCUCCUAGGCGGGAUCUUGUGACGAUGACCGGAAAUUAUGCAAAUGUCGUUACAGACUCUUUGACGUUUUCCGAUUUUUUAAUAUGGCCCAAAGAUCUCCCCUGGUAGGGCUCAACUGGAAAUUGUCCAUUAUUAAAGUUUUUAUAAAAGCACCUACAGAAAUGAGGAAAACCAGUUUCUAGGUGCCGUAUCAAACUUUAGCCUUUUCUAAUUUAAUUUCAUAGAUGAUAUAAUCAAUUUAUAAUCAAUUGCAUUUGAAUACAAGGUUCAUCCGGUCGAUCUUUCGUAAAAAUAGGUCACAUGACCACGGCUCGCUGAAAAAGUGAACCCGUCUCAAUAUUAGUGAAAGUGCGAGGUUUCAGGUUUCGAGACGAAAUAUGGAAGAAAUGGCAUUCGACGACAGUGCAAAUUAAGAAUUUUUUAUGGCCUGGAAUAGGUUCAGGGCUAUGCUAGUUUCGUCCCCUCAAUUUUAACCUACAAUUUUUUUCUUUUUGUGAAAUUUAGCCCACAAUUUUUCAUGGAAUUGUUGACAACCAAAUAUUCUUGCAUGACGACUUGACAUUUACAGUACCGUAUAUACUGUUAAUUCGAACCAUGCAUUCAAUUUAAAAUAGAAAAUUUUCUCACGGCAAUCUACUGGCUGUUUCUACUGCAACCUGAAACUUUCCACUUUGAUUAAUAUUUAUAGUAAAUCGUUAAAAUUUCCUAAGCUAUGCAAGCGAGCAUAAAAAAUUAGCAAAUUAAUCUUAAUUAUACCAAAUGAAUGAAGAAUUAACCACAAUCAUUCAAUAAAAGUCUUUGAAAUGGAAAAUAAUUCCAAUAACAUUUUGUCAAUAAUUCAAGUACCA